AUUGCGCAUGCGCACUAAUGAAAAUUUCAGAUCCCCAUUUUGUUUUUGAUCGAAAUUCGAAGAUAGACGUUCAUUCAGGUUCUUAUUUGAUUCAUUUAGCCUGUUGGCAAACUUACCGGCUAUUGAACAAAAUGGACGUUGAAUUUACCUCAGGUAUGAUUUAUUCUGAUUUACUAAUCAAUGAUCAUUAAAUGUAAGACAUAUAAAAAAGUGAUUUAUCCAUCGUUUAUUAAUCGAAUAGUUCAAGUCAUAUAAUAAUUCAUGCAUAGUAUACGAUAGGAAUGAAUGCAAAGGAAAAAUAUGUAUAGAGAGUUUUGUUUUUUUAAAUCCUGUGCUGAAAAAGAAUUUUUUUAUACAAAUCUAGGAACUUGAUUCUUUACAGAUGUGUGUGUGUAGUGUUUACGAAGUCGAGAGAUGAAAAUGUUCCGUAUUUAUGAAACUGAUUAGAUUCCUGCAGAGAAAUAACAUCAAUAUAUGUUUUUACAUAUAUUUACAGUAUAUGUAUUAUUCUAGAAUAUUGUUAAAAGUUUCUUUUAUAAAUUACGCGGUUAAAACACAUAACGAUGUAAUAGAGAACGCUUUAGGCUAAUAGGGAAAAUCUUAGUAAUGAAAACAAAUUUUUAAAAUUCCUUAUCUCUCUAGACGAAACCCAGAGUCUGUAAAAUAAAUGACAUUGUCGGAGCAAAUGUUAGAUGGAAUGAAUUCCAGGAAAUUGUUUUUAUUACAUUUUAUUUUAAUUUUUAAAUAAUUAAAUUACAUUUAGAAUUAUUAGUAAGCUCAUUAUCGUUUUUUAUCAUUAAAGUAUCUGAGCUUUAUUAUUGAGAUUGUUAUUACAGUUGUAUAAUAAUGAGGAAAUAGUUUCUGUUUGUCAUUCUCAUAUAAGGUUUGUAUCUUUAUUGAGAUGUACAGUAUUACUAAUAGGUAAUUUUAAAGAAAUCAUUUCCAUUCGGUAGAUAUUGAUUCAAAUAAUAAAUGUAACCUAAUGCAUGUCACGUGUAUGCCAUAAACUCUAUUAAUGAAUGAUAUACGAUGAGAAUUAUAAACGUGUUGUUGUUAAUCAUAUAAAAUGGCACGAUCGGUUGUCCAUUACUUAAACAAUAAUGCUUCUUUUUGUUCUCCAGACGACGUUCCGGUUGCUGCUUUUAAUGAAGAAAAUCUACAACCUCCUAGUUAUAAUCGCUUCGAUAGUAGCCAAAAUUUCUCCUCAACUGCACCUCAACCAUUUCAACAGUCCUUUAAAAGACCCGCUUCAACAUGCCCUAAUAUCACUGGUAAUAAGAAGAAGAAAGUAGGAGCGACUGGUGGAUCUUCAGUUUUGACUAUUAAUCCUAAUAAAAGCCCAAUUCAACAACUUAAUGAAAUUCGUCAUGGUCUACAGUAUAUCAUUGCUAGUCAAACAGGACCGAUCCACGCACCAAUUUUUACAAUGCAAGUUACCAUUGAUGGAAAGACGUACGAGGGAGUUGGACAUAAUAAAAAAGCAGCGAAAAUGCAAUGCGCUCAAAAUGCUUUAAACACCCUUGUAGAAUUAUCAAAGCAAGGUAUAAAUAUAAGACGCUUCGAUAAUCAGUCAACGCAAAACCAGUAUGGAAGCCCUUUAGCGUCGCCUGUUGUAACAUUAACAUCAUCAUCGACUGCUCCAACAACAAAUACAAGCUCCUCUGAAUCUAAUAGCGGAGGCAUUAAUGUUCCAAUACCAGAAUCUUCGAAACAGUUCAAUUCUGCAGACUUACUAUUACCAAAUAAAACUACAGAGGUGAAGAAUCCAGCCUCAAUUCUUAAUGAAAUACGUAAGGAUCUAGAGUAUAGCCAAGCUGUCGAGAUUGGACUCCCACCGAAUAGAACUUUUAAAGUCACAGUUGUUGUAGAUGGAACCGUUUAUGAGGGUGUUGGAAGAAAUAAAAAAUUGGCAAAGGCAAGGGCAGCUCAAAAUGCUCUAACUAGUAUAUGGAAUUUAAAAUUUAAUCAACCAGCAGAUGAAAUGUCUUGCCCAGAGUUGAUUGUUACUGAUGAAGCUUUCGAAGAAGUGAAGCUAGCUCCUGAAAUUAUAAAACGUAUUCGACAACCAAUAGUCCGAAACAGUCAGAGUGAAACUUUACAAACUGGAAAUUUUACUCCUGUUUCAACUGUAUUAGGUGAGAGUAAGAAUGAAGUUCAAAUUCUCUAUGAGCAUUUUGGUCCUGCCUACGGACAUCCUAUCGAUAUAAUAUAUCAAUCAGUAUCUGGUUCUGGCAAAAAUUGUGGAAAAGCUACUGUAUGUGUAGUUACUGUUGAAGGGAAAAAAUACGAGGGAGCUGGAGCUACUAAGCCAGAAGCAAAAAAGAAAGCUCUACAAUGCACUAUAGAAUCUCUUAAACAAAGUGGAGAGUGGUUUAGAAGAGCGCAUAAAGUUCGAGAAGAUAGGAAAAUGAGGAAAGAAAAGGCCAGAAAGAAAAUGAUUUCUAAAUGUAACACAAAAAGUAUUUCAAACGAACCCGGUUAUUACAAGCGACUUAAUCAAAAACUGAAACUUAAAAGGGCAGCAAAAGGCACCGUAGCCCAACCGCAGAAUGCUACGGGAAUUUUGAAUGAAAAAUUUCGAAACGAAUUGGAUUUUCAAUUCAAAACCUCGAUUACCUCUAAAGUUCACGAAGUAGUUUUAUUUUUAUGCUCGGGAGAAUUUAUUGGAAGGGGAAAAAGUCGAAAAGAAGCAAAAAAUGUUGCCAGCGAAAUAGCAAUGAUGAAAAUAGGCAUGGAACUACCAAAGAAUAUGAUACGAGCAAAUAUGGCCAUUCAUUUAGAAACGGAAAAUAAUGAUAAUCCAACUGAACGGUUAAUGUCUGCUUUAAAGGCCGGGUUCGAAUGA